AUGAAAUUCUUCAAGAAAACUAAAGAUGAGGAGCCCACUGCUCCAGGGCAGAUGUCCUACAUCCCUCUAGUGGCAAUCAAAAAGAGAUCCAGAGUCCCUGGGGUCAUGAUUACACAGUUUGUGGAGGAGCUUCCUGUGGGCAUGACCACCCCUGAUUUCACCCGCAAACCCAUCGCUUUGACUAUUCAGGAAGGGAAAUGUGCUGUUUUCAAAGCAAUUGUGUCUGGUAAUCCGACACCAAGUGUGCAUUGGACAAGAAGUAAAGGAGAAGUAAAUGAACCAGAGAGAUACAAAAUUGUAUCUGAUCCAGCCACGCCUAAUGAGCACUAUAUAGAGAUGCCGGAAGUAUCUCCAGAACAAGCUGAUACCUACAAAUGCUUUGCUACCAAUGAGUAUGGAAAAGCUGUGGUCACCGCUAACCUCAAUGUAAUUGAAAUGGGAUAUAAGAAGAGCAAGGCUAUGAAAGAUGCACGAGCAGAAUCAAACAAAGAUGACAAAAAAGAUGGAGAAAUCGAUCCAAGGUUUUGGGAUGUGUUGAUGAGUGCCGACAAGAAAGACUAUGAGAAAAUCUGUGCUGAGUUUGGAGUCACUAACUUCCGCUGGAUGCUGAAGACACUGAACGCGAAGAAGGUUGAGAGGGAGGAGGAUCAAGCAAAGUAUGUUGAAAACCUCAGCAAUCUGAAACACAUUGAAGUAAAACCUGGUGGAGGUGCAGAGUUUGAAUUUGAGAUGUCGCUUAAAGACCCCAACGUCAAGAUCUUCCUAUUCAAGGAUGGAGUAAUGGUUCCGUUCAGUGUUGAAACAGAAGAUAAGCAUUUUCUGAAGAAAACAGGAAGAAAAUUUACAUUUGGCAUUAAGGAUCUUGCUGGAGAUGAUGAAGGAUUGUACCAAGUGAUGGUGGAGGGGGUACUUAUCUUCUCAACUGACUUCAAAGUUCCCAUGGUGGAUUUCCUGGUCAAAAUUCAGGAAGUGAAGGCCACGGAGAGAGAGGAUGGCGUGUUUGAAUGUGUCCUGUCAUCCCCCAUGUCAAAGAUUCAAUGGACGGGGAAGAAUCAACCGUGUGAACAAGGGGAGAAGUUUGACAUUGAAGUGUCAGAGGACAUGCUCAUUCAUAGAUUGGUUGUGAAGGACUGUGCGAAACUGGAUGGUGGUAUCUAUUCAGUAUGUGCAGGGAUCAAGUCUUGCAAUGCCUUUCUUGUUGUGGAGGCUGAUAACGAUCCAGCCACCAAGGGGAAAAAGAAAGUCCGCAAAACAACUCGAGCUGGUGGGGGAGAGGUAGACUUGGCUAAAAUAGCUGCAGAGCAGAAAGCUAAGCUGGACAAAGAGAGAGAUGAGAGAAUGGAGUUGGCGAAACAGAUAAAGGCAGACAUGGAUGCUAAGGCAGCAGCAGCGCCCGAACUAGAGCUGGAGAACAAGAACGAGAAGAAAGAGCCUGAGCCUGUGGAAGAGAAGAAGGAAGAGCUUAGAGACAAAGGGAUGCCAGUUGAAAAGAAGAAGAAAGAGCCUGGAGACGAAGAGAUACCAGUUGAGGAGAAGAACAAAGAGCCUGGAGACGAAGAGAUACCAGUUGAAGAGAAGAACAAAGAGCCUGGAGACGAAGAGAUACCAGUUGAAGAGAAGAAGAAAAGAGUGAGAACAGGUCCACUGAUCCCAGACACCAUCAUAGACCCAGGAGUGCACUUUACCAGUGGAUUGUCAGACAUCAGUGUUAAUAUGGGCAACAGAGGUGAACUGGAGUGUAAACUGAGCAGGGAAAACUGUGAAGGAAUCUGGUACAAAGAUGGAGAAGAGAUAGAAGCAUCAGAUGAUAUUGCGAUGACACAUGAUGGGGCCUUUCACAGGCUUAUACUGAAGAACUGCAAGGAGGAAGAUUCUGGCAAAUACCGAUUUGAAGCUGAUGGACGUAAAACAGAGUCCAUACUCGUUGUAGAGGAUCCACCCAGAGUAAACCCAGAUGACCUGGCGGAUUUCUCAAAGCCCGUCAUAAUAAAGGUUGGCCAGAGCGCUACCUUCAAACUGUCUUUUAUGGGUCGUGACCCAAUGAAGAUCUAUUGGUACAAUGAAGAUGAGGAGUUGGUGGAGGACAAACACAUCAACAUUGAGAAGUCGCUCACACACAGUCGCCUCCUCCUCAGCAAGUGCCAGCGGAAAGCCACAGGAGAAAUCAAGAUCAAGAUCAAAAAUGAAUGUGGAACCAUUGAGGGCAGAUCCAGGUUGAUUGUGCUGGACAGACCAAGCCCUGCCUUAGGACCUGUGGAGAUCAUUGAAGCUUCUUCGGCUGUACUUGACUUUAAAUGGAGGCCUCCAAAAGACAAUGGUGGCUCUCCUGUGAUCAACUACAUCCUGGAACGACAGCAGCUGGGCCGUAACUCCUGGAUGAAGCUGGGUCAGAUCCCCGGAGAGCCCAAAUACAGGGACACCAAUGUAGACCAUGGAAGGAAGUAUUGCUACCAUAUCAGGGCUGUGACUGAGCAGGGCAUAAGUGAAAUGAUGGAGACAGAUGACAUCCAGGCCGGUACAAGAGCAUAUCCCGGACAACCUUCCUCACCCAAAGUGAUCAGUGCCUUUGCAAACUGCAUCAAUCUGGAAUGGGUUCCCCCUUCCAACACUGGAGGAACUAAUAUUCUAGGUUAUCACCUGGAGAAACGCAAGAAGGGCAGCAAUCUAUGGGGUUCAAUCAACAAUUUGAAAGAGCCAAUCAAAGGUCAAGGGAUUGCAGUCAAAGACGUUAUUGAGGGAAUAGAGUAUGAGUUCCGUGUUGCAGCUAUCAACAUAUCUGGUGCUGGAGAGCCAAGCACCCCCUCUGAAUUUGUUAUUGCAAGAGACCCAAAGAAGCCCCCCGGUCAAAUCAUUGACCUGAAGGUGACAGACUCCACCUACACCACCUUGUCCCUGGGUUGGACUAAACCCAUAGAGGAGGAAGGAGUCCAAGAUGAAGCCAAGGGAUACUUUGUGGAGAUCAGACCAGCAGCAAACCCGGAGUGGGACCGCUGUAAUAAUAACCCCAUCAUCAUGACCUCCAAUAACAUUUUGGGUCUUAAGGCAAUGGCCAUGUACUGGGUGAGAGUGAUUGCCACCAAUGACGGGGGAGAAGGGGAGCCCAGAGGCUUGGACAACUACAUCCUGGCUAUGCCCCCCCCAGUGAGACCACAUUUCACUGAUCGCAAAAUGAAGAGCUUCAUGGUUGUGAGAGCCGGGAAUUCUGCUCGAAUCAACAUCAACUUUGUGGCUUCUCCUAUGCCAAACAUAACGUGGCUAAAGGAUGGGAUGCCAGUAUCAAAACUUGUAACCAUUAGCAACUCCGAUAAUACGUCCCAGCUCCUAAUCCCCACAUCUGAGCGUCCUGACACAGGAAUCUACACCAUCAUCGUCAAGAACAUGGUUGGUCAGGAGACCUUCAGUAUCGAGAUCAGAGUCACAGAUGAUCCCAAGCCUCCCGGCCCAGCGGAGUUGGAACAGAAUGUUCCUGGAACAGUGACUGUGACCUGGACUCCCUCCCCAGAUGAGAAAAGGGACGACAGGCUGCACUACAUAGUGUCCAGACGCGACUCCGUCAAGCGAAUGUGGCAAACUGUAGCCGACCACCUCUUCAACAACAAGUUCACAGCCCUCAACAUCAUGGCUGGACGAGAGUACUACUUCCGUGUCUACGCCAAAAAUGACAUGGGUCUCUCUGAGCCUUCUGAGUCGCCAACCUGGGGAGUGACCAAGAAAAAAGAUAAGUUCUCAAUGGCUUUCAGCUCAUUCAAGAGCCUCAACUUUGAGUCAGCGCCAUCGUUCUUAGUUCCACUGAAAACGCACAGCACCCCUGAGAGCUACGAGUGCUACAUGAGCUGUGCUGUCAGAGGGGACCCAACACCUCAUGUCACAUGGUACCGCAACAAUAUCAGCCUCAACACCAACACCAACUAUCUUAUCACCAACACCUGUGGAGUCUGCUCCAUGCUCAUACUGAGGGUUGGACCCAAGGACACUGGAGAGUACAAAGUCAUUGCAGACAAUGCCUUGGGCAGGGCAGAGUGCUCCACCAAACUCACAGUCAACGAGUGA